GAUCUCUUGCUGUCCGUUCGUACAGAGUAGGUGCAGAGCUAGAAAGUUUUGCACUUGUUUUGGAUGUUGUUUAUGGAAGGGGUGCAAAUGUACAUGAAUGAAAUUUUUACUUUUCACUCAUACUGAGGAUGCAACACAACAAUUCCAAGGUAGUGCCACAUUUCUGCAUUGAACUUUGGUUCCGAAGUUAUACGGUAGCGAAACAUGAUCAUUUGCUCAGUGAGAUAUGCCCAGAUAAAGUUUGCCGAGGACUAGGUAUUUGUCACGUACAACCCCGCCAGACUGCCGGGGGAGCGCGGGACGAGGCUGGGAUCACCAAGGGUCGUUGUGCACAUGGAUGGGCGGGCAUGAAGUCAAUUUCUCUGGAUUGCCCUGCUUGUAUCACAGAUGCCAUUGACAUAAUUGACGAACUGUUUCCAAGGAAAAGUGAGCUGGAGCAGGAAAUAAGUUGCUUGGCUCGCUAGACUGUUUGAUUAGUUGAUUUUUUUCAUCUUUUGGAAUUGAAUUCAUCGCCGCCCAUUAACCUCUGCCCCGCCUGGUCUGAUCGGAUACGUGACAGAAUAUAUUCGCAGACUAUAUUCAUGAUAGCAGAGUGAAUGGAAACAAAGACAAGUUUCAUGUUCUUGAUUAGUUGAAUUACCGCAACAAAAAAAUCAACAGACGUCCCAAAUAAUUGGCUUUUGAUAUCGUUCUGAAAUCGCCAUCACCAUGGAGGCGCUCUUCUGGACUCUGGUUCUUCUCUCUCAAGUCUUUGGAAUAAUCAGUGUCAUCCUGUUGGCCACAUGGUUAUCAGAAUACGGGGGAGGCUACGACUGGGACUGUGGAAACGGAGUUGGUAGCUUUCAUUAUCUUCUACUUACAAUUGGAAUGGUUUUUCUCUACGCGGAAGGUAUGAUGUCAUUCCGAGUGUGCCAUCGACUUGGUCUGUCCUACAUGGCCGAAAAGGCGAUCCACGCAACGAUACAAUCUAUCGUGAUCGUUUUAGUUGGUAUCGGUGUGCAUGCCGCGUUCGUGUGCAAAGAUACGCAAGGCCCAGAGAAAGCCGGGAAGGACCUGUAUUCACUUCAUAGUUGGAUGGGAUUGGCAACCAUCAUCGUGUUCUUUGGUCAGUGGAUAUACGGGAUUGUGAUGACAGUAGCCUUACGCAAGCUGGAUCGCUCAUGGCAAGAUGUGCUGCUUCCAAACCAUGCUUUCUUUGGCCUUCUAAUAUUUGCCAUGUCCGUAGGGUCUUGCUUAACAGGAGUUAACGAAAUGGCAAUAUUCUUUGUAGAGAACUACAAUCAAAUAGUGCCUUCAGGCCAUCUCGCCAACGCGUUCGGACUCUGCCUCAUCGCGUUUGCUGCUGUUACGGCGUACGUUGCCUAUAAACCGGACUUUCAAAUUCCAGAGAAUAGGCGGCACCCGGAAUGCACCGCGGUACCCACAUCAGAGGGCAUAAUUACUUCCGGUUCAGGAAAAGUCACGCACACGACGGAGCAUGCGCCGCAAAAAUAUGGCGCGACCGAGGAGACGGCUUUCAAAGAGCGGGAUGGAGGAGCAACGGAAGAAGUUUGAAUCUAAAAAAAAAUAAAAACUACGGUGAUUCAUGUGGAAUUCGGACUAUUGCGAUUAAGAUGGACCUACAUUUUUAGGACAUUUCUUUUUCAAAUCGGUGUACAUUGUUACUGUAUUGUACAUGUGCUCAACUUGAGGACUAAGCAGAUCAACUUUAUACCUUGUAUUCAAAAGUGGAUUGACACCUUGUGUUAUUUCCUUAUUGUUUUUUUGUAAAUGCUUCCAUGGAUUGCAGCAUUUGAGCAAAUAGAACUAUAUUAUCAUCAACAUAAGACACUGAAACGCAUCAUGUAUGACCAGACACCGCUGAAGAUUUUUUUUAUGGACCAAGUUGCAAAAGAAUGCGAGUGUGAUCAUUUAAGUUCGAUUUUCAACCCAGAUAGAGUUAUAUUGAUUGAAAGGAUACGGAAAUAACUGUGAAGGGGAAAAGAUGAAAGUUUGAACGAAAUCGGAAAAAUGGUACAAAUUUGAGGGCUCUAUUCUCCUGUACCGGGCA